AUGUUGACCGACAUUCCUCGGGACGCUCUCCUGCGUCCGCUGACCCGGAAUGAAGUGGUUGGGAUGCUGGUGAGACUCACCAUCUUUGGAGCAGCGACGUACUACAGCAUAAAGUGGGUGGUGGAAGCUCUGGACCCGACGCAGAAGCAGAAAUCCCAGGCCAAGAAACGGGCUGAGCGGUUGAUGAAGCAGAUUGGGGUGGAGGGAGUCAGUCUGAAUGAGUAUGAGAUGAAUAUCGCCACUCACCUCGUCGAUCCUCGCAGUAUGAAGGUAACAUGGAGGGAUGUUGCGGGUCUUGAUGACGUCAUCACAGAGAUGCAGGACACCGUCAUCCUGCCCUUCCAAAAACGGCACCUGUUCCGCGGAUCCAAACUCUUCCAGCCUCCCAGAGGUGUGUUAUUAUACGGGCCGCCUGGUUGUGGGAAAACCUUAAUCGCUAAGGCAACAGCCAAAGCAUCAGGAUGUCAGUUCAUCAACCUCCAGGCCUCCACUCUGACGGACAAGUGGUACGGCGAAUCGCAGAAGCUCACUGCCGCUGUGUUCUCACUGGCUGUGAAGCUCCAGCCCUGCAUCAUUUUCAUCGAUGAGAUUGAUUCAUUUUUAAGGAAUCGGUCCAGUCUGGAUCACGAGGCCACUGCAAUGAUGAAGGCCCAGUUUAUGAGUUUGUGGGACGGCCUGGAGACCGGAGCAUGCACUCAGGUGAUGGUGAUGGGAGCCACUAACAGACCCCAGGAUGUAGAUGCAGCGAUUCUCCGAAGAAUGCCCACAGCCUUCCAUGUAGGACUGCCUAAUGCAGCUCAGAGGCAGGAGAUCCUUCGACUUAUCCUGUCAGGAGAAAACCUGAGUAACGCGAUUAACCUGAAGGAGAUCGCGGAGAAGACGGAGGGUUACUCCGGCAGCGAUCUGAGGGAGGUCUGCCGCGACGCCGCCAUGUACCGCGUCAGAGACUACGUCCGCAAACAGCAGAUGAAGCAAAUCGCUCAGCAGUUUAAGCUGGACGAGGAGGAGGAGGAGGAGGAGGAGGAGCCGGUGGACGGCGCCCGGCUGCGCCCGGUGACUCAGCUGGACCUGCUGUUUGGACUGGAUAAGAUGAGGGAGUCCAAACAAGCUACAGUCACAGCAAACGCCAACCUCAGAGAAGUGCCUCUGGACUGAACACAGGCCAGAGAACGUUCCCCUUAAAGGAGCAGAUCAGUGAAAAAACCAAUUCGCACGGUUUUCCCCACCUUUACUGCAAAGGUAGUCAAAACUCCAGGAUGCCUGCACUGCUAGAAAUGAAGGUUCUCUGCAGAUGCGUUUUCCUUCAUCAAGGUACAAACAGUGUAAAUGUCCCCUCUAAGGUUCUACAGUGGUUCUAAGGUCUGAUUUGUGGACCUUAAUUCAGUUUCUCAGUUAUGGUUCAGUUAUGUUCCCUGACCAAAGGGACUGAGAUGGAGCCUUGAGGGUUCCACCCCAGUGAUAAAAGGGGCACAGACCCAGAGACAGUCUAGAACCUUUAUUUCUGGGAGUGCGCAGCAGGUCGUUCUCACCACACCACCUCCAACCACAUCUAUCAGUCAUCAUGCAGAUAAACAAUAUUCAUGUAAUUUAGGAGAACAGUUGGAGUAUAUGAGAAAGGAAAGGUGUUGUUCUUUAUUCUACAACCCCAUUUCCAAAAAAAUGAUGGGACGCUGUGCAGAAGGUAAAUAAAAACAAAAGGCAGUGAUGUGUAAAUCAUGUAAACCAUAUUUUUGAAGGAAAGUACUACAAAGACAACAAAUCAAAUGCUGAAACUGAGAACUUUGAUUGUUUUUUUUUUUAUAUUUGCGCGUUUUGAAUUUUUUGCCAACAAUACGUUCCAAAAAAGUUGAGACGGGUCUGUUUUCCCCUGAGUCCAUCACCUCCUCUUUAACAGCUCUGUCAGUGUUUGGGACCUGAGGAGACGCUGCUGCAGCUCUGACAGUGAAAUGGUUUCUGUUCUUGUCUGAUUCAGGAUUUCAGCUGAUCAUCAGUUUCAGAGGCUCCUUCGUCGUAUUUUUCAUUUUAUAAUGUGCCAGAUGUUCUCAGUGGUGACCGGUCUGGACUGCAGGCAGGUCAGUUUAGCACCUGGACUCUUAAUAAGGAGCAGUGCUGCUGUAAUACAGUCAGAAUGUG